UAUGUGGACUUUUUUGUAGAAUGCUUCCAGAGGUCAAUCGAAUCCCAUUCUUUUCACCUGUCCAAGCACGGGGACAAUCAGAGUUUGGGUUCGGAGAGUCCCGGGGGCUCACUGAGCCACUUAGCCUAUAUGAUCUGGAUGAUCUAGAUGUGACGUGGCUUGAACUGGUUAAUUCUGAAUUCAGACAACUAGCACUUCCAGAGCUGGAUGAGUUGACCAUGGAGCAGGUUUUGGUGGAGCUGGAGAGCAGGUGCGAGCAGAACAUGCGCAAGGCCAUCGAAACACAGGAGGGGCUGGGCAUUGAGUAUGAUGAAGAUGUGGUUUGUGAUGUGUGCCGCUCACCAGAGGGCGAAGACGGCAAUGAGAUGGUUUUCUGUGAUAAGUGCAACGUUUGUGUGCAUCAGGCAUGUUACGGGAUCUUAAAGGUGCCACAGGGUAACUGGCUGUGCAGGAUGUGUGCUCUUGGAGUGCAGCCCAAAUGUUUGCUGUGUCCCAAGAGAGGAGGAGCCCUUAAACCGACUCGUAGUGGCACCAAAUGGGUCCACGUCAGCUGUGCCUUAUGGAUCCCAGAGGUUAGCAUUGGCUGCCCCGAGAAGAUGGAACCUAUCACGAAAGUAUCCCAUAUUCCAGCAAGUCGAUGGGCCUUGUCCUGUAGCCUGUGUCAUGAACACACAGGCACAUGUAUACAGUGCUCCAUGCCAUCUUGCAUCAUUGCCUUCCAUGUGACCUGUGCAUUUGACCAUGGACUAGAUAUGCGUACCACUUUAGCAGAAAACGAUGAGGUGCGCUUCAAAUCUUUCUGUCUAGAGCACAGUAGCGGCUUGCACUCAAACAAAAGCAGUUGGAAUUCCGAUAGACACGCAGUUGCAGAAACGUCGGCAACUUAUUCCGAUCGUGCAAAGCAGGAACAAGCGGAACAAGAGAAAGCCAGUCAUCGUAAGCAGAAGUUGCAGGAGCUCGAGGAUGAGUUUUACAGAUUAGUGGACCCGAAGGAUGUCGCAGAGAGCCUUUGCCUGCCUGAUUCUCAUGUGGACUUCCUCUACCAGUACUGGAAACUGAGAAGAAAGGGCAACUUCAAUCAGCCACUGCUUGCCCUGAAGAGAGAUGAGGUGGACAAUCUGGCACAGCAGGAACAGGACGUUCUCUAUCGUCGUCUGAAGCUCUUCACUCAUUUACGGCAGGAUCUGGAGAGAGUCAGAAACUUGUGCUACAUGGUCACACGCAGAGAGAGGAUCAAACAGUCUUUGUGUAACCUGCAGGAGAAGAUAUUUAACCUGCAGAUUCAGCUCUUAGAACAGGAUCUGACCGGAGAAAAAGACAUUCAUCACCGCAAUGGAGCCAAGGAACGAGUGAAAGAGAGGAGAAAGAGCAGUCCAGAGAAGAAAGAGAAAUGGAAAUUGGAGAGCAACUCCCUAUUUAAACAGUUGGGCUUUGCCACAUCCUUUCCACUGGAUAGCUCGCUGUUUGACAGCUGGCUGGCUCAGUCGGUUCACAUCACCACAGAUAACAUGCUGAGCCAGUGGUCUCUUUCCAGAGAGACACACGACCCCUCCGCAAGCCUCCUAUCGGACCAGCUGCUGCAGGGCGAGGAAAGUUUGCUUAGUCUCAUGAUGGACCACUCCAUGAAAUCCACCUGGAAAACACCCCAACUGGGCCGAAAGACGAGGGGCGGGCCACGCAGCCGCAGUCACCGAAGGUCUGUUUCACUUCCACAGUUCGGAUCCACAGUGACAGGAAAGGUUUCUUCGGAGGACCGUCGCGCUGUGGGAGGUAAACAAGAAGCAAGAGCACGCCGCCGCCGCAGUCACACCCGCAGCUGCGGCUCAGGCGGUCCGGACCCCCCGCAACCCCCCAUUUCCAAAAUGGACUCCUGCCACAUUUCCGAGGAGCGUGGCUCUCGGCACAACAGCACGAAUGCUGGAGAUAGUUCCCAGGUGGCUUCACGUCUGCGUCUCACAAGACAGGGUAAGUUGCGCUCUAAAAGUGAGAUGGCAGAGCCGCAGAACAGCUCCUCUGCGAACGACGACGUAUCUGCGCUCGACCCAGAGACAGACGGCUAUUUCUCAGAUGCAGAACAGAGCGACUCGGAAAUGCGCUCCUCCGGCCGAAAGUUGCGCUUGGCCCAGCUGCGUGCUGGAAAUGAAGAAGUGGUUCGGCGAAGUGUACUCGCCUCUUAAAACCACAUGGAAGUUGUCUUUGGAUGUCUAAUCUUUUCACAGUUACUAUAACACAUAUUUCAUCAAUAGGACAGUUUUUAUCAGUUUGUAGACCUUCAACUGUAAUAGCUUGCGAAACAAAAUGUUUUCUUUUCUUCGUAGCCUGAAUAUAUAUAUGAAACCGUAACCAUUUGUGCUUAACAAAACAAGAGAAACAAUGCUUAGACUGUGAGACGUAUCGUGUUGGGAAGCAAUAGGAUCUGUCCUAAAAUAAGGACAACAAUGUGGGCAUUAUGACGUGUCUGUUCAGGUUAAGCUUGUUUUGAUUGAAUACAUACUGUACUGUAUGUAGUAUGAGUCCAUAGGAUGAGGCUGAUACGGCCCGUGAUGUUCAGAGGAAAAAGCACAAAUAGUCAUUGGGUUAUGCAGUAGCACACCUGUACUUGUGUCUCGUUGUACUUUUUAAAUGACGACUAGACUAAACAUACCAGCAUCAUUCAUACAUCACUUCCAUACAGGUUAGCUUCCAUGUGUGGAUCUUAUAAAACCUGUUUAAAACUAGUCUGGCUCAUGUUUCACCCCAGGUUAAGACAUUUACUUUAAAUACAUUUUUAUUAUUUUCAUGACAGUUGAGAAUAUCAGCUGUAUGGUAACUGCUGCUCAUAGGGGAUAAUGAGAAUAAUAGAUGUUAUUUAAAGAAUAAAAGUCUCAAUGUAAAAUGUGCAGAUGCAUUACAGCAAUGUGAAAAAUAUGGGAUUCAUUAUAAAAACAUUCUUUCAUUUUUUUUAUAUUGGAGUGAAAUUUGAUCUGGAUAUGCAUUUGUGAGAGUCACCCUUAUAUGUCACACUGUCUCUUCCACUGGUUUUGUUUUGGUUUAUUGGUGGAGAAUCAAAUCAUCUGUGUUUUUCAUGACAGCGUGCCUUCUGUAGCUCCCCACAUCUUAUUUGAUCAGAACGAUGGCAAUCACAAAUAUGAGAAUAUGACAGUGCCUGAAAUAUCAGACCCUCAAUUGACCAGAAAACACAGAAUCUCACCCCGCUUCAUAGAAAUGGUGCCCAUAAACCAGCACUGACCGGUCCAUUAAUUGUUUCUUGGCCAAAAUUGAAUUGAGACUUCCUCAGGCUUUGAUACUUAAUUUCUGGCUCUUUUGGUGAGGUGUAACCAAUCAACCCAUGAUGUUUGUCUCAGGGUUCUAGAGAAGAUUGUGAUUGCAAUCAUUUAAGAGAAAACCUAAAAGUUAAACGUGAACAUUCGCUAGCCAACGUUUAAUGUUUUAAUAGGUUUUCUCAAAACAUCAUGAUGAAAUUGAUUAUGUUUUUAUGUUUGUUUUGUGAUGAUGAUGAUGAUGAUGAUGAUGAUGAUGCCAAAGAAUAGUAACUGAGCACAUGCUCUGAAGUGGAUGUAAACACAGUAUCUGGAUCUCCUGAGGUUCACGGUUUGCACUGAUAUCUACUUUGUACACUCCUGGACUGCAUCAUCGAUUCGCUUUCUUUCAUCACAUGCAAGAGAGGUCCAAUGAUGGGCCACAGGAAGUCUUUAUUUGUAAAUGGUCUGUUUAUUAGACACAACUGACAAUACGAUGUGUGUAAAUGAGAACGUGCGUGUUUGGAUUUGGAUGUGUUGCGUCAGCCCGUAAACACAAAGGAAUUGUUCGCUCAAAACUCUCAAUGGAACGCAUCGCUCUCCAUCUGGUUCAUAGUGCCACCAUGUUAAAGUUGUCACUUGAGAGUGUAUAUUUUAUGACAUGGUAGUUUUUUUUAUCGUGUUUGCACAUUCAAACUUGUCAUGCAGUUGUUUACUGUAGGAUGCACACAAAGAGUGCUGUACUUGUGCCUGAACAAAAGUGGAUGAAUGAAUUUGUUCAGGUGCCAGUAUAGUACAUUGUGACCUCUACAUAGUAAAGUGCUUUAAUUAACAUCAUACAUUACUGUGUUCCUUACACAGACCUGUCAUCGUUUAUGUCUGUGAAAACCCAGCUAAAGUCAUUUUGUUUUCUACAUAAACUCAUUCAACAUAAUCUAAAGGACAUUCUGUGAAAUUUAACCUUGAUAUUGACUGAGUAAGGAGACUUAAAUCAAGUCUUGAUGUUUUAAAUCUCGUCGUUAGAUGAUUUUUAGUCUGGAUUUCACAGACAGGUUCACAUACUGUAUGGAAAAAGUGUAGUAUUUAAAUGGCAGAAGUUUGUGUGACCCGUUCCACUGGAAACAGGCUUCAUCCGACUCACAGAACCUGUACAGAUCUCAUGUAUCUUAGUCGCUUUAAUAGACUCAUCAUAGCCUUUAGUGAAUUGCUGAACCAAACACAGAUAUGAAAUACUGUGCCUUUAGUGAAACCCACCGCAGGGCUUUAAGCCUCUUUAUCAUGCUUAGUUGCUGUUUGUGUACCCAAGCUAAUGUAUACUCCGCUCAAUCACUGUAAAUCUUUAGCUUCUGUGAUAUCAUUUACAUUCACCCACAAAUCCAGACUUUACUCUUCAGUAGCCUAAUAAUGCGGUACAGUAAGAGAAUAACAGGUGAAAGCAGAUUUGAAUUUGUUUGCAAACAUUUGUUUAAAGGGUAAAUGAGCUUUACUUGUUAGUCUUCUGUCUUCACUAUUACCUUUACCUGGAUAGAAAAAAAAAACUGCUUUUCUUUGGGUUUAAGCAUUUUCUCAAGGUCGAAAGGACAAUUGAGGAGCUCGGAUGCAAAAGCCGCUAAACGACACCUCCGUCAAAAAUGAGAUAAUGAUAUUUACCGGAUGCUCUCAGUAUGUUUUAUAUUCAUCAAAUACUUUCCCUUCAAAUGCACUUAAUCCCAGCCUCAGGCUAUUCAGAAAUAGUUUUUUUUUUUUUGCAGAAUCUAAUAAAAGGUCUGAUUAAAAAAUGCUCAUUUACAAAAAUUAUGUCAGACAUUCUUAGAGGGUUUCUGAGCUCUUCAAUUCUUUCAAUCACAUAGAGACUGAAUGAGAUCAGUAAUAAAUAGUUUAAUUCUUUAGGGAUAUAGAUUAUUCCAUGUGAUAAAUGUUCAGGUCAUAUUUCACCCCAACUUAAAUAGACAACGAAUCAUAAGGUUCAAAUGAACCGUUUUAAGGACCAUUGCGAUUUUUUCAUUUGGACAUUAUUUUAAUGACAACAAAGCCCUACGUAUACUUUCGUGUUGAUGUGUAUGCGUACAGUAUACGUAAAAACGAUUUCACCAUCGACAGACUGAUUUUUAUGUGUGCAUAUUUUGCACAUGCACCUGAAUUUAUAUGCACUAAUUCCACAAAAUGGCAACACUGCUGUUAUUUCAAAGAUAGUUAAACAAGAAAGGAGACGGGUUGUGCUUUGUUUUCUUUAAGUAAAUGGAAUUAAGUUUGUUCUUUGUGUUGGGGUGAAAUACGACAGAUGUCUACGAUCAGUAUUGUCAAUAACCUCUCAAUUAACCUGCAUGGACUUCUGUAUUUACUGCUCAUAUGUUGGUCACUUUCCUGAACUGCAGUCCAUCGCUUAAGGUCUUUUAUUUGGUCCUAAAUUCUUCAAAGAACAAUCGAAGUUGAUUCUAAAUCUACUCGCGUGUUUACUGUUCAGCAAGACUUUCCAUAUAGGUCCUGUCUUUAUUUUCUCGUUUUUAUGGAAGUAGUAGAUCAUGGUCAGGAGAAGUGAAUCACUUGCAAUCAAGAAUAAUCACGUGUGUCCUGUAAAUCUGUCAACAUUUUCAACUUCCCAUUGAUUCUGAUAUGAUACGAUAUAAAUGUUGCAGGAGUGUAUCCUUAUAUUCUUUGUUUCAAGGAAUGUUGUGCCAUUUGUUAAUAGCAGAGAGAACUAUUGAACAUAGAAGAGCUAUUUUAAAUUAUUUUAGGCUUUUUUGCUAUAUAUUUAUUUUUUGUAUUGGAAAUCUUUAUAGGAGGAAAAAAACAUAUUUUUCAUCAGUGCAAAAACCUAUUUUCCUUUUUUUUUACAUUUUCCAUGUUAAGCUGUCAUUCAGAGCAAUAUAAUGUUCAUGUGAGUGUAUGUGCAUGCUGUUUGUGAUGCCUUAAUAACAGCUCCUGUCCCAUCAUAGCAUCAGCGCUCAGCUGUGGUCGACCGGUGCAGUCAAUAAAGCUGUGCUUUUCAUUUA